ACUCUUGAAAGAGAUAAUGAGCUGCAAAGGGAGAAGAUAAAAGAAAAUGAAGAAAAGUUCCUUUACCUUCAAAACGAGCAUGAGAAAGCACUAGGAACUUGGAAGAGACAUGUUGAAGAACUUAAUGGAGAAAUUAAUGAUACUAAAAGUGAGUUAUCAUCACUUAAAGAAACUCAUAUUAAGCUACAAGAACAUUAUGACAAAUUAUGCAAUCAGAAAAAGUUUGAGGAAGACAAAUUUCAGAAUGUUCCAGAAGUAAAUAAUAAAAUACCAACUGAAAAGUCAGAAAACACCAUCAUACAGCAAUACAAUUCUGGACAAGGAAAAAGGGAAGAAUAUACUAAGAGUUUUUGUUCAGAUACUGAAUACAGAGAAAAGGAAGAAAAGAAAGAAAAAAACUUACUUAUAGAAGAAACCAUUGUAGAAGAUUUACAGCUGUUUGAAAAAAGCUUCAAGAAAGAAGUUAAUAAUACCAUUAUAUCUCAGGAUGGAAAUCAAAGUGAAAUCUCUCUAAGCAAAAUCCUCUGCCUAGAUAAAGAUGUAAUUAGUCAAAAGCAAGCCUUGAAUGUUACUAACUAUAGAAAAUCAGUUACUACAGAAAUAAAAGACAAUGGCUUGGAAAAAGACAGUGGAUGUACAGAAUUUAAAUUACCAAAUAAUCCCCCUUUAGUGGUAAAUAUAGCAAUAGAAACAGACAAGAAAUGCCUAGAAGGAACAAAAGGACUAGGUCUUCAUCACACAGAUAUAGAUGUUCCUCUGGUGAUAGAAAAUAAUAGAAUGUCAUUUAACAAUAUUUUAGAUGAGACGGAUCAUGAAAGAAAUGAAAAUAAAGGUGUUUGUGAAAAUGAACCUUUCAGAUUGCUUCCAGGGUCACAAGAAAAUGCUACAGAGAAACAUAUUACAAAUAGUGAUCAAACCAAAGCAUAUUUGGAUUCAUCUCUAGAUGUAAAAAUGAAUCCUGUUCAUUGUGAGUACAAUUUACAGGAUUCAAGUAAUGUUAUCUUAGAUGCUAAAUUGUAUAAAAUAAAACAAAUGCAACUGUUAAAUAAAAGAAGUGAGUGCAGCAUAUUACCUUCAAAUUUUCAUCAAGUCUCUGAUACUAAGGAGAAACCUGAAUUGACUAUUCCCAGUGAUACAGUAAUCAAUCACCCCAUUUCAUCUGCUGCCAUUGCUGAUAAUUUGAAAGUACUUCAGAAUUCAGAAAACAGUAUUAACAUUAUGCCAAUGUUGGUGAAACCCAACUCAAGCCCUGUGGAAAGAGCUAUGUGGAAAAAUGUGAAUGAUGUGCAAAAUAGUCAAUUUAAGAACUGUUUGGGUUAUCUGGAUAACAAUGUGACCCGUUCCCAUUUUCAGAUUAACCAUGAGAAUAGCCAUUCUUCACAAGCCAAAGAUUUGAAAACUAGAGUUCAUGUGAAAAAUUCCACAGAAAUACAGUUUUCCAAUGACAGUCAAGUCAAUGCAAAUCAGAUAACCGAAACCACAAAAAAUGGCCUCUUUUUUGUCAAUGUUAAUGAAAGACAGCAUACAUUGUUAAAGAAUACAGAGAAAACAGAGUCAUUAAAUGACAUAGUUUCAGGAAAAAUGUACAAUGAAGGUCAGCUGGAAGAAUCACAUUCAUUUCACAUAAAGCCAUCUGGAGAUUUAGUAAACAGAAGUGGAAGGUCAACCUUUGAUCUUCCCACUUCAGAUAAAAAAACUGAGAAAACUCCAGUACACAUGACUUUUUUAGAACCUGGUCCUUGGUCAAAAGUAAAUCAAACUGAAAGUCAAACAGUGAGCACUUCAACUCCUAGCAUUCCUUUGUUGCUGAAGGAAGGACCAGUUGGUCCAUUACAAAACAAAAAGAUCAUUUCAAGGACUCCUUGUAAAAAUGAUGGUGUGGAUGACUUCAGAGAGAGUAUUGGGCCAGGUAAGAAAACAUGGUUAUGUCUCAAUUCUUAA